AUGUCAGAGCAUGCGGCUGACAGCAAGGACAGCUUUCUAAAGAUGAUAUCGGCUGCUACAGGAGGCGUCGUAAUCAACUACUCCGAUCGUUUCACACUAUCUGGAAUGAGUGGGACGUUCCCCCCAAAUGUGCAGCAGGCAGUGAAAAGCGUCACAGACACAAAAGGACCCGAAACACAAAAUCAAAUUCAGGAUGGGGCAAACAACGCGGCAGCUGGAAACAACGGACUAUAUGGCACACCAUAUUCGUUACAAACAGGCGCAACGAAGUAUGCACCAAUGCAAAAGAAGCCGGGGACCAAGAUUACAGCAAAGAAUCCGACAAUGCAGUAUCCCACAAGUUCUGCCAAAAUUGCCAAAACUGCACUGCCACCGCCGAAGCAGCUCACGACCAUGACCCAAUCAGUCACCUAUUCUGCCGUCAGUAGGGAAAAUACGGCGUCGCCAUUGCCAGCGGGUAAAUAUCCUGCAAAAGCUCAUUGCCGUAAAGUAGCAGAACGACUCAAGGAUGAGUUCGGCAACGAUGCUCCUACCGUUCUCUACCUUCAAGGCCAGCAAACUCGUAUGCAAGAGGACAAUGACGAAGCUGUGCCCUUUAGGCAACGUCGUCAUUUCAUUUACCUUUCUGGCUGCCUUGUACCGGACUGUCAUCUAAUCUACGAUAUCCCUACCCACUUGCUUACGCUCUUCAUCCCAGCUUUAGAUCCUGACAGCGUCAUAUGGUCCGGUCUGCCGCUUAGUCAAGAACAAGCUAUCGAGAAGUACGACAUAGACGACUGCUUCACAAAUGCAGAACUAGAGAACCACUUCCAAUCCUUGGCCAGCAAGAGUGAAAAGGCCAUCCUUGCGGUCACCGGUCGAGGAGAGCUACCUUUUACGCCGGCCGGCUUCAGCCAGACUAACCAGGAUGCAUUGCAUGCUACAAUCGAUGUCUGUCGAGUCACUAAGGAUGCGUACGAAGUUGCACUUCUACGAAAAGCCAACGCCAUCACAGCCGACGCUCAUACCUCUGCCCUGAAGCACAUUCCUGAGUCUGGCAACGAGACUGAGUUGCAGGGCCAAUUCCUCUGUACCUGCGUGUCGCAGGGGGCGAAAAACCAGGCUUACGGGGGUAUAUUUGGCUGCGGCGCCAACGCCGCUACGCUACACUACCAAAAGAAUGACGACCCGCUGCGUGAGAAGAGAGUGAUCCUGAUCGACGCAGCUGCAGAAUGGCAGGGUUAUUGCGCCGACGUUACGAGGACGAUGCCGCUACAUCCGGACGGGUUCGACAAGGAGAGCGCACAAAUAUAUGUAAUCGUCGAGCAGAUGCAGGAAGCUUGCUUCAAAAUGCUGAAAGCGGGUGUGAAGUGGGAAGAUGUACAUCUGUUGGCUCACGAGAUCGCGAUUGAAGGCUUGCUUUCGAUUGGAUUGCUCAAGGGGGAGAAGGCCGCUAUUCUGGAGGCUCGAACGAGCGUUGCCUUCUUCCCUCACGGAUUGGGCCAUUAUCUGGGGCUAGACACGCACGAUACAGGUGGCAACGCCGACUAUGAAGAUCCGGAUUCAAUGUUUCAGUAUCUGAGAGUGAGGGGCACACUGCCGGAGAACAGCGUGAUUACUGUGGAGCCAGGCGUGUAUUUCUGCCGAUUUAUCAUUGAGCCGUAUCUCCAGGAUGAGAAGCACAAGCAAUUCAUUGAUGAGGCCGUGUUGGAGCGGUACUGGGAGGUUGGUGGUGUGAGGAUUGAGGAUGAUGUGCUGAUCACGAGAGACGGCUAUGAGAAUUUAACGACGGCUCCAAAAGGAAUCGAUGACAUGAUGCGGGUGAUGUAUGGGGAAUGA